AUGCGCUGUGUUUUCCUCAUGCCGGUCACGUGCAAUGCGGGCGAGGUAUCUGGGAAAAGUCUUGCCCUCCUCGCUCAACGGGUUGAAAUCUUCCGGACCAUCCCUAAUGAGUUAGAAGAAAAUUGUUGCCAAGAGGAAUUGCAGUUGCCUCGCUCCCAAAUCAAAAAGAAACCACGCCGAAAACCCCGCAGGGCUCCUUCUUGCCCUUUGUCAAAACGAAAUUGGCAGAAACCCGAGAAAUGCAUCCAACUCGUGGAAAAAGCGCGGCAACGGCGGCAGGCGGUGCAGCAACGCCUGGAAAAUCGGGAAGCUGACUUAGAAACUUGGAGAGGGAAGUGUGCUCGCUCCCAUUCCUUCUCCAACCCUCCUGGCAUGAGUCGGCACUACAAACACUCCACCUGUUGGUUCUCGGAUCCCAAUGAAGUGUUCAUCAAAGGUGGUUCGGUGCGGUAUGACUUCAGGCAGCACCAUCCUCGGGAAAACGACCACAUCAAGGGAUGCCUCGGCUGGAGAAAAAGUCCAGGGAUCUGUCGAGACCCACAGAAUGAGCUGCUUGCUUAG